CUCGUUUCAUUGCGUUCAAGCAUACCCACCGAUUUCUCUCUCUUUUGAAAAUGGCUUUCCAACCAUAUACACCCAAGCCUAUCACCGACAUCUUUACGGCCGACACAGACAUCGACCGCCGAAAAUGCCACCGCACCGUCCCAAUGAGAGUUCUGGCGCUCGGCCUAGGUAGAACUGGAACUGCUUCACUCAGAACCGCGCUCAAAGAGCUCGGCUAUACAGACUGCUACCACAUGAUGUCAGCCAGCGUUGAGAACCCCCCCGACUGCCUCAUGUGGCAGGACGCCUUCGCUGCAAAGUACGACGGCGAGGGAGAGUUCGGGCGUGAGCAGUGGGACCAGCUUCUGGGCCACUGCCAGGCGGUCUGCGACUGGCCUGCCGUCGCCUUCGCGAAGGAGUUGAUCGAGGCAUACCCCGAGGCAAAAGUCAUCAUGACCACUCGGGAUGUCGAUUCAUGGCAUGCCUCAACACUGAAGACGGUCGACUGGCGAGCCAAUGACCCCGAGCUCAAGUUGGUAUCCCAGUGGGACUGGGGCGCGGGCCUCUACCAGCCCAUGCUGCGCAAGUUUUGGGACGUCUUCUUCAAGGGCGACUUCAAGAAGUACGGCAAGCAAGUCUUCAACGACUACUAUGCGGAAGUGCGCUCGAUCGUCCCGGCGGACAAUCUCCUCGAGUUCCGCGUGAGCCAAGGAUGGGGCCCACUUUGCGACUUUCUGGAGGUUCCUGUUCCGGAGAGCAAGAAGUUCCCACAUACGAAUGACACGGAUGGCUUCGUGGACAGGUGUCGUGCGCGGAACAGGGCUCAGAUGUAUAACGUCCUGUUCCGGGGGUUCGUAAUGGGGGGCGGUAUUUUGGCUGCUAUUCUCUCAGCCUCGGCGACCUUUCACCGGUUCGGCGCGCGCCUGCCCGGUCUGAGGGCGUGAGGCGCGGGAAGACGACGGGAAGAUGGUGUAUAUAGCUGGCGCUGUUUGGAUGGGAUCCGUCUGCAUGGAUUCGAUCGGCGUUUCGGGUACACAAGGGAGCGUGUUUUCACAGGCCCGGCGGCACAGCACUGCUGAGGGAUUCCCCUGAAUAUCAUAUACCGUGCACAUGUCGUCGAAGAUGAUCGCUGCCCGGUGGUCGUUGGUGUCGUGCAUCGUGAUAUGGGCCGACGUUCGGCGCCGCUCCAUUCGCCCUCGGGCGUCGCGGUACACAGACGCCAAGAAGAUCGGCCGGUGCGAUCACAAAGGUCGACGAUGGAGAGAUACAGUAGCUGGCUGGAUAAAUGGCUGGCCGUCGAGA